AAUACACUGAUGACGUUGCAGUAAGCCAGAGCGCUCGCGCGAUCAAGUCACGUAAAGAUUCACUCUGGUCUUUGGCGACGAAGUUGUCAUCCGCUUUUGAUCAUUCAGAUCCUAUGACACACUAUCUGUUCAAAGAUGCACCAGAAAUUUGUGAAAAGAGUAUCGAGGACAUUCUUUCUUUCUACGAGCAUGGCGAAUCACGCUUUCAACAAAUACUUAUGCAGGAUGUGUACAAAACUGAGCCCCGGGUAACUGCUGGACGUC